CAUUUCAUGAAGCGGUCGCAGAGGUCGACUCACUGUAUCUACCUGGUGGGUCUCGGACGGAGCGCGUGAGCAGAUUUUAAGGAUUGCUGCUGCUGUUUGUGCUUCACGAAGGAUUUUCCAAAUGGCUGCUUAUAAAUUAGUGCUGAUUCGCCACGGAGAGAGCUGCUGGAACCAGGAGAACCGCUUCUGCGGCUGGUUUGACGCCGACCUUAGCGAGACCGGGAUCCAGGAGGCAAAGAGAGGAGGAGUCGCUUUAAAAGAUGCUGGAUUUGAGUUUGACAUUUGCUACACUUCUGUUCUGAAGAGGGCCAUCCGCACAUUAUGGCUCGUAUUGGAUGGCAUCGACCAGAUGUGGCUUCCUGUGCACAGGACCUGGAGGCUGAACGAGCGUCACUAUGGCGGUCUGACUGGGCUGAACAAAGCUGAGACUGCUGCCAAGCACGGCGAGGCCCAGGUCAAGAUAUGGAGGCGCUCCUAUGACAUCCCUCCUCCUCCCAUGGAAGAAGAACAUGACUUUUAUAGUGUCAUUAGCAAGGACCGACGUUAUGCUGACCUGAGUGAAGACCAGCUACCUUCUUGUGAGAGCCUGAAGGACACUAUUGCCCGUGCCCUUCCAUUCUGGAAUGAUGAGAUUGUUCCUCAAAUCAAACAGGGCAAGAGGGUGCUUAUAGCUGCUCAUGGCAACAGCCUGAGGGGUAUAGUGAAGCAUCUGGAAGGUAUGUCAGAGGAAGCCAUUAUGGAGCUUAACCUGCCUACAGGAAUUCCCAUUCUUUAUGAGCUGGACAAGAACUUGAAGCCCAUCAAGCCAAUGCAGUUCCUAGGAGAUGAGGAGACCGUGCGGAAGGCCAUGGAGGCUGUGGCUGCACAGGGCAAGGCCAAGAAGUAGAGCCUUCUUUCUCCCUAGACCAAUUUUCAAAGAGGAUAAUCUUCAGCACUGAACAGCUCUAAAGAAAGCAGUCACUUCUGACCUCUCUUAAUGUCAAGAUUCAGUGUGCAUUUGGGAGUGUUCUGUAUGUUAACAUUGCUUCAUGUGUGUAAACUGUUAUUUUAGUGUAUCCAAAUGACAUAGAUAUAUAAAUAGUAUUUAUUGACCAAAUCUGUACAGAGGGACCACUAAAUUUAUCUUUAAAAAAAAACUCACAUUCCCCUGCUAAAUGUAUUUACAAGUUUGUGAUAGACCACACAAAAUAACCAUGUUGUAUUAGACUGUACAAAGAAGAGAUGUAACAAAGUUUAAGCUCCUUAUAUGGUUAACAUCAGGCUGCGAAGAGGUAUAGUCAUCUCAGCUUACAAAUCUAAAACUGUUUAGGUUGUAAAACGGUAAUGUUAUGACUGUCCCUCCUACGUUUACAUGAAAAUGUUUUAUUCAGAAUUUUGAGGGCAUUAAAGAGAUUGAAGACAAGCCCAGUAGAGUUGAUGAUGGUUAUGUUGUGCUACACAGAGUGAACACAUGAGGCCUCCAAUCCAAUCCACGAAACCUGUAGUGUUUUGCUCCUCAUGCAUCAAUGUGAACCUGUCUAUAUGUAAACUGAAAAGAAGAAUAAAUUUUUCAAACCCAUUCAAAAA